CCGCCAGGGCCCGGAUCGUGGGGGGGAGACCCGUGAGCCCGGGGGACUGGCCCUGGCAGGUGAGCCUCCAGGUGCAGCACACCCACGUCUGUGGGGGCUCCCUCAUCACCCCCCAGUGGAUCCUCACAGCCGCCCACUGUGUGGAGCAGCCCCUGGACAACCCCCGGUACUGGACGGCCUUUGCGGGGCUGCUCAGCCAGUCGGCCAUGCACUUCGGCCUGGGCCACCGCGUGGAGAGGGUCAUCGUCCACCCCAGCUACGAUUCGACCACCAAGAACUACGAUGUAGCGCUGUUCAAGCUGCAGAGCCCGCUGGCCGUCAACAACUUCGUGCGGCCUGUGUGUCUGCCCAACCCCGGCCUGAGGCUGGAGCCCACCCAGCCCUGUUGGAUCUCAGGCUGGGGUGCCACCUAUGAGAAAGGAAAGACCUCAGACAUGCUGAACGCUGCCCAGGUACGGCUCAUAGAGCCAAGGAAGUGCAACAGCCGAUACGUGUACAACGACCUGGUGACACCGGCCAUGAUCUGUGCCGGGGAACUGCAGGGGGGAGUGGACUCCUGCCAGGGUGACAGCGGAGGCCCCCUGGUGACCCAGAAGAACAGCCUGUGGUGGCUGAUAGGUGACACCAGCUGGGGCUCGGGCUGUGCCAAGGCCAACAGGCCCGGCGUGUAUGGCAAUGUCACGGUGUUCGCAGACUGGAUCUACCGGCAGAUGCGGGCCUACAGCUGACCAGCACAGCCCAGCUUCCACUCCACUCCACGCCAGGCACCGGGGCGCUGGCCCUGCUCCCCGCUCACAGAAGUGAUCUCAAGGUCCUUGCAUUUGAUGAAACGGGGCUCUCCAGGGUUCUGUGGGGGUACACGGCACCCUCCGCAUGACCCCUGUACUCUGACCCCAUGCCCCCAGUCUGGGGACCCUCACUGGACGGGGACCCCGAGGUGACAGCCGGGCCCUAGGGACCCUCCUCUGAGCCAACAUGCAGGGCCGCCUCUGGAAGCAGAUCUGGACACCUCAGCUGAGCCGGGACAGAGACGCCGGGCCAGGCAGCCCCACAUGGGAUCCCCUGCCGUCCCUUCCGGAGCCUGGCUGCCCACAGGGGUGCUGAGCCUCUCCAUGGUCCCGGGAUGGCUGCAAGAGAAGGGACCCUCCCCUGUUCCCCCCCCCCCCCCAUGCUCAGGGCCAGACAAAGAUGCCAGAGAGCUUUAUGGUUCUUACGCAGGUGUGCUGACCUGGAUGGAGUGAGGGGUGGGGGGGCUGGACUCUGCAGCCCACCACUGGCCUCCCUCACCCCUCAGAGACUGAGGCACCCACCCCCUCGGCCUCAAGGUGCCUCCCCGGACCUGCUGAUGACAGGAAAUCGGGGUGUCUGGCUAAUCAGGGAUGUGUGAUUGAAGCCACAUUCUCUGCCAUGUCCCCAUGUCGCUACCUCUGCACCUGGGUGUCCGCUCCUCCCUGUCCCCAAGCACGUCCUCCCUCCUGAAGUCACUGUGCCCCUGGCCGCAUGUGCCUGAGCUGCGCUUACAGAGGGGUGGCACCUGAUGGAACGUUCCGGAAGGGAAAGCAGGCCAAAGGCCAGAGGCGUCCCCGGCUGCAGCGGGCGAGAGGAGAGGGGGUGUGCGUCCACAACUCUGUGGCUGGUCCCCUGGAGCCUUCCAGAAACAGGGCUGACAUGGCAAAGGUGGUCUCCUGACACACACUCCCACUCCCGGCUGCUCCGUCCCUUGCCACCACAGUCUGUCACCUGUAAAAUUCACCUGUGACAUACUGUACAAAUAAAUCAAGCACUUUCCCAGCUCUGUG